GAAGAAGGAAGAGAGAUUUCGCACAGAGAAAGAGAGAAGUCUGUUGACAGCAGAAAUCACACCCAGGCCACUGACAAGUUUGAACACAUUUCACUUUCUUAUUGAAUCCGUCCAGCAUCGCAUUCUGUUAUUUGGACGUAGCAGGAGCAAUCAAGGUAUGGAAUAUGGCAGCGACUGAAACGCAGCUUAUGUUAAGCGUCGGAUUAAUCGAGAAAGAUGUGAAUGGAGACACACUGUGGGUAUGGUGCUAUCCCUCUGUGGGCUCAGACCUGAGGCAAGUCCUGCUCAGCAAGUGCUGUCUGACACAGGACAGCCGGGAUUUCCACACCUUUGUGUUUGGUCAGUUCUGUCGCAUCUGGUACUACAUUACCACAGUGGAGGUGCAGGAACCUACAGCACUAAACAAGGUCACUCAUUUUUCCAUAGUUGUUACAGCAAAAGACUUCAACCCUGAGAAGUAUGCUGCACUUAGUAGAAUACUCUGCAGGAUGUACACCAAACAUGGCAGUCCAGUGAAGAUGAUGGAGGCUUAUGUCACCGUGCUCACCAAAGGAAUUUGCCAGAGUGAUGAAAACGGCUCAUUUCUAAUUAAGGAUUACGAUGUUCGGAAAGCGUACUUGGCUGGUUCAGUUAAAGAUGUUGUGUCUCAGUUUGGUAUGGAGACAAUCAUCCUGUAUACCGCUCUCAUGCUGAAGAAGAGGAUCGUCGUCCAUCACCCUCGGAUUGAAGCAUUGUUGGAGUUUACAAGAGUUCUGCCGACUCUGACAUGGCACAGGAAAGACUGGUCCAUCCUGCACCCGUAUGUGCACCUGACUGAUACUGAGCUAGAGGAUCUCAAGAAAUGCCCUGGAUAUGUAGCAGGAUUUCUAGAUCCGGAAGUAAGCAACAGAUCAGACUUGUUUGAUGUGUAUGUGAACCUCCCAGACAGUGUCAUCACAGUAUCCCAGAGUGCCAAAGAGGCCAUGGCUAUGGGGAAGUUGCACAAGGACAUUGGCCACCUUAUUGUCCAGUCUGCAGAAGAUGCUGAGAGGUCAGAUAGUCAGGUCAUUAAGGAUAUUUCUGUCAAGACUAAAGAGAUCCUUGCCAACUUGGUGGCCCUGGCUGAGGAGUGUGAAGACUCUAAAAUCACAUUGGAAGGUUUAAAGCAGCAUCAUUUCCCUCCGGCGACGGAGAACUUCCUCUUUCAUUUGGCAGCUGCCGAGCAGCUCUUACGGAUAUAGACCUGUUAUCAGACACCGUGCUGCAGGAUGACGUUACUGUCAACAGCAUGCUGUUCUGUUGUGGGAUAAUUACUGUUGUCUGAAAGGCUUCUGCACACGCUCACUGUUAUCAUUAGAGUGUGCACAAGCCAAUUCUUUCUCACAGUAAUCUUCAUGUGAGGUAGGAAGGUGUCUCCAGCACUGUUGUGCUGAUAUGUGACAUAAGCAAUACCAGGAUGUUUUACAUUAUAGCGUGAAAGGAUAGCCAUAGGCUUGGCUAUGUAAGGGAUAAUGUAGAGCGAGAGGGCCAUUAUUGCAAAGUAAAGCCCGACAGGGUGAUUCAGGGCCCGACAUGAAAGGGUUUAAAUUGCAAAAGUUGACCCGCUCACUCUACAUUAUCCCACUUAUUACAAGGCUACUAAUUUUGAUCCACAAUUUUCAUAUAAAAAUGAUUUUUAUUCAUUUAAAAAUGGUCCUCCAGAGUCUACGAUCUCCACUGCAUCUAUAGCAGCCGUCUGCUAUUCAGAAAUGAGACUAUAGAAUGGCAUAAUUGACCAAUCAGAAUUGAGUAUUCAUUGCCAAAUAAUCCCAUGAAAAGACCAAAACCAACAAUGAAUUGAUACUCAUUAUUUCUUAAUACUAUUAAUUAUUAUAAUAUAUCUUAUUCCUUUGAGGUCCAUUUUUGUCAAAAAAAACUUUUAAAAACACAACAUGCACUAUUGCACAGGUUGACAUAUUCCUUCAUUACCACGGACAUGGGUACUGUAGUUCAUUUUGAGUCAUUUCUGCUGCCAUAAAUACUCACUCCAGCACCAAAUGUGUAUUAAUCUGCAGCUGAAAAUAGUCCACAGACAAAUGCACUAUUUACUCCUAUUUUAGUAAUGUUUGUUAAAAAUGACAGUGCCCAGCUGUUUUAAGAAAUGGCCUUGUUUUUAAUGAAAGUAUAUAUUUGUGGCAUGUUUUUAAAGACUUGAGUCUUCAGUAGUAACCAGUGGGCUUUGAGCCGAGUGCCACAGACAGUAGAAGCGUAUUUAAAGACAGACUAACUUGCUGUCGAUUUUGGUCUUUUUAUGGGAUUUGGUGACAAUAA